AUGUUACCCAACCAUUGCUGCGCGAGUGACAGUCAAUGGCAACCUUUGACCUUCGGCAUCGGAUACGGUCACGCCGUUCACAACUUCACGCCGCUCGACCCAACCAACUCUGCCCCCGAGGGUGCUUCGGGAUUCGAAGUCGCGCUAUCUCUCGGCGAUGAAGUCUACGUGUUCGAAGAAUGCGAGGGAUGGUACCGGGGAUAUUUGGUUACGGAAGCCAUUGCGAACGGAUGUGAGAGCGCUGGCGAUGGUGACGGUGCUAUUGAGACCCGAGCGUUCGUCGGCGUCUUCCCCAAGGACUGUAUCUGCGUACGGGAGUUCAUGGCUUUGCAGGAGGAGGCGGAUGGUACGGAAACGCCUUGGAACGCGUUCAAGGAGGAGAUGGGAUCUGUCAUGUCUGUACCAACACCCACGGCGCGGCGAAGUUAUUGCUCUGAGAAGGAACGACGACAAGCCACUACGUUCACCACCCCACCUGCAUCCCCGGGCGGCACGCGUACCCGUAAGUCGAGCUCACUCGUUCCCGCCACUGGACCACAUACCAGCAGUGUCUACCCUCGAACACCUCGUACGCCCGAAACAAGGACUCCGAGCACACGCCCUACACCGCGUCCUCGAAGCGCAUUCGCGCAUCGUUCUCCACCUCCAAUACCUGGCAUCAGUCCAUACGAGGAGUCGAGGCUAGGGAAAACGGAACCCGUUGUUGAUGAGAUAUCAGCCGCGUGCAAGGAGUGGUAUGCUGCUCUCCCUCGGCUUCUUGCUUGCUCUCAGUACGACCUUUUCGCCGCUGUGUCGGGCAAGAUUGAUGAGUGCGAGCGGAUUCGACGGGAAAUGAGCAGUGGCGCUUUGACGCGAGAGGAGAUGAGGAGGGUGAGAGAGGGCGCUGUGAACACAUUGGUGGAGGGAAACAAGUUAAUUGGUGCGGAUCUGAUCGUUCGCAGCACCUUGGAUGGUAAGAUCGAGGGUGGUGAUGAUGGUAUCAGCCCGAUACGGUUGAUGGUCAAGCAAGCUGCGCUUACGUCCUCAGCCUCGCCAACCGGUACUUGCAAGGGUGGAGAUUUCGACGAACACCCGUUCAGUGAAUCCGCUGAAUCGGCGCCGUUGUCCAAGUUCGUGCUGGUGGAUGUUCGUGCCUUCGUUGCCAACAUCUGCAAUGCCGCAAGCGAGCAGGUCCAGUGUCACUUUUUCCUCUACUCUGGCGCGAAGUACAUCACCGAGCCAUACGUUGUUUCCAUCAACUCGCAAGGCGUGCCUACGGAUGGCGAUGGUGUGUGGGAUGAUGUUCGGAUGUUAUUCGACGGCUUGAGCAUGAAGGAGUGUGCCGAUAGCGUACAUCUCGUCUGCCGGAUCUACAAGAUAGAGACGCUCAUCCUAGCCGCUGUCUCCACACGGACCCACACCAGCUCGGGCGAAAGCAAAUCCAGCAAAACGAGCCGGAAGAGUGCAUUUUUCGGCGUGAACGGAUCGAAGGCAAGUCUUGAUCUACGGCCGCCUAGUACAGCCGGCUCUAGUAGAUCUGCUGGAGCACACGAGCAGGAUUGUCGGAGACCCUUCGGAUGUGCUGUACUUGAAAUCAGUCGUUUCCUACAGAGCAAGGAGUUGGAAGGCGGGCAACAAAUCAUGCGGAUUUUUACUCCCGCGGCGAGGUUGGAUGGGUCUGGGCACGCUACACUACACGAGGACAUCAUCCAUUCGAAGGUGAACGUGAUCGAGAAGAACGCUCGUGCAGAUAGCCUUCACGUCAACGUGCGAGUGUUCUCUGGAACGAACGCGGACGGUUUGGCGCGUGCUUGGCCGACCGUUUUGCAGGGCGUCACAGUUCUACCGAGAUACGGCUUCACAGCUGGUAUGCAGUUUGGAGAGCGGUCUGACCUUUAUGUUGAGCUUGUGGGUGCUGAUGUGCUUGGAUCGGUGGGGGCGUCGCUCUUGACCGGGAAGAGUGGUGGAACAGUGCCCCUAAGUCCACUCCAAGUGCGGGAGAUCUACCUUGAAUGCGAACUUCGCACAGAUGACGGGCAUACAUUGUCGCUUCCGAGUGUAUCAAAUCUUGAGGAUCACGACGCAUGGGUGAGCGCCAUUGCCGGCCUUCGUGACCCGACUUGGCGCGAGUCCUUCAAGGUCGAACUGGAUGAUCUCGAUUGGCACGAGGCGCAUCUUUGUUUCUCCGUGCGGACGGUGGGAUCAGAAACGCCUCUUGCUACUGCAUACAUGCCGUUGUUUGAUCGGUCACGGAAUACAUUCGUCAAAGAUGGAGAUCACGAUCUCCACCUAUAUGUGUAUGAUCCUGUGUCUGAUCGAUCCCCUUCCACUUACCUUCAAUAUCGGCCGACGUACGGCGCUUUGGGCAAGCUACUGGCCGCCGUGAGGAUCAAGACGACCCUGUGCUCGACAACGAUCACUCAAGACCAGGCACUGUCUUCUCUGUUGGAGUGGAAGGACGUGUUGGCACGGACAGACGUCAAUGGUCCUGAGGCUCUUGAGGAGGUGUUGAAGCAAGUAUGCUUUGUGCCGGAGAUUGAGUUCGUCAAGUUUCAGAAGGAGGUGUUUGACGCCCUCUUUGGUAUUCUUGUGGAGGGUAACCCAUCAGGACGGCUUGACGACUUAGUCUUUGAGGUCCUCGUGGUUGUUUUGGGCGUCGUUUCCGAUCGACGAUUUACGCAUUUCAAGCAUGUUGUCGACAACUACAUGGACACUCAGUUCAACUAUCCUUUUGCAACAGCCAAUCUCGUCCGGUGCAUUCAGAGGCUCCUCUCCCAUCCAACAACCGAUGACAAUGCCCGGCAAUUGCGUGCCAUGAUGAAAGUUUGGCAGCACAUUGUGCGGUUCAUUGUGUUAGCCCGGCAGAAGCAGAGACAGAAGGAGAUUGGUCUAGGAAUCAACGCAGCGCACAACGAUCUCACCUUCGUGAAGGCUCUUCGCGGCAUGUUGGAAUCACUAAACUCGUUGAUGGCCACGACGUCGCCGCAGUCUAUCGUCGGCACGCAGACUAUCGCCAUUCAGCACUUUGGUGACUUGUUGCCAGUACUGGCGAGCGUAUUUCCGAUGGAGGAGGUAUUUGGCAUUGCCGUGAAUUUCCUCAAAUCCUGUCGAGAUAGCCGAGGUCAACAGGGAGUCUACAAGCUCCUUCUGAUCCUGAACCUUUGUCGAAGCCCGAUGUUCAUGAUUGGUGAAUUACACCGUGAAUUGAUCACACAUGUCGUUACAUGGCUGCAGUCGGCCCCCUCUUCCUCGCUUCCUGUCAGCCCUCGAAGUCCACUCUCGCCAACCUUUGAGACCAAUAGCGGAGCGUAUACAUUCGCCCGUAUCCGCUUGACACUCACAAUAUUUGCCGUCCUUCUUGAUCAGCUGUGGAGUGAGCGACGAACGGUCGGUGACGGUGCAAAAGUUGAGCACGACACAAAGGUGGCAAUCUUUUUACCGGUGCUAGGGAGCAUCGUGGAAAUGUACGACGACCUCCGUACAUCCUCUUCGGACAGGUCACGUGGAACGACUGUCCUGUUUCCCGAGGCGUACCCUUUGUCCACUCGAACGUUGGCGAGCGGAAUCGAUGAGGGGCUCUGUGAGGCCACAUCACUGAUCUUGACGCUCUUUCGGCUGGCAAGCCAGGACCAAUUCAGUUCUUAUUUCUACUCUAUCGUCUCCGCGUUUCACGGCGAUAUUGUCUUGCAUCUAACGAAGGUGCUGAACAUUCUUGAAGUGAUUCUCGAACCUGGUAUCUUUCCAGAUACCUGGCUGAAUGUGAGAGCUUUGGUUCAUCGCGGUACGGUCGACUAUUUGGAGAAUGUUUGUGAUGUACUACGCAGCCAUCUUCUUCCGCAACCGGAGAUCGCCGACACUUUUCCCACUGAGCUCUGGCAAAGGUUUUUCACGCUUCUUCUGAAAGUCAUUGGGAGUGACGCCUUGGUCAUUGAGACCUUCAGCACACAAAAGAGACGUGCAGUUUGGCACCUCGUUGGCGAUUUGCGGAGUCAAGGGGCAUAUCUACUCAGACGAGCGUGGAACUGCCUUGGCUGGACUCCAAUAGGAGACGGUAACCUGGACGUUGCCAUUGACCGUCUGGGUGGAUACCAGGUGCAAUUUGCUCCGUGUCUGAUAUCACAGCUUGUUGAGAUUGCGUUGAGUAAUCAUGAGGAACUUCGAAUUGUGGCCGCACGAAUCUUGCAGACAAUGGUAGUUAAUGAGUACAACCUGAACGAGAACCUCACCGUCGUGCAUGAGGCCAUGAUUCAUGCACUCGAUAGUGUCUUCAACAAGAAGCCCGCGCUUGCAGAGCAGGACGGGAAAGACCUAUUCGUGGGCAUACUCCGUGAGGGGUUUGAUCAACUCGGCGUAUCUCCGGAGUUCUUGGGGAUGGUUGAAGAUCUCCUUGGCUCACUCGAUCGAUUUCUGAGCCUGCUGGGAGGAUUGUAUAGUUUACCCGAUGGUGAAGCGUACGAUUAUGGUCGAUAUUAUGACACGCUGAAGCUACUUGAGUUCAUCAAGGAUAUCGAGGAAGACAUCUACGUUAGGUAUGUGCAUACGCUUGUCGAGCUGCACGUCCAGCAGGAACACUUCGUCGAGGCUGCUUUGGCGUUACAGAUGCAUGCCGAUUUGUAUGCAUGGGAUGACACAGAGCUGUUGCCGGAGUUGACACAGCCGGAGUUCCCUCGGCAGACCCCUUCGGCAAGGAAGGAGGCAAUAUAUCUCCAAAUGAUCGACUACCACAUACAAGGACGAGCAUGGGAAUACGCGAUCGAGGUAUGCAAAACGCUUUCGGACGUUUACGAGACGAGAACGCUCGAGUACGCAAAGUUGAGCGCGAUGCAUCUCCGACAAGCCCAGUUCCUCGACAACAUCGUCAACGACGACCGAACGCAUUCCGAGUUCUUCCGCGUCGCCUUUUAUGGAUUAGGAUUCCCACCGGUACUCCGGAACCGACAGUUCAUCUUCGAAGGCGCGCAUUGGGAGAGAUUGUCGGGUUUUGUCGAACGGAUGCAGAUACUGUAUCCGGAAGCCGAGUUGUUACCAGCCAAUCUCGCUCUUCCGGACGUCUUGGGUCAACAAGAUGGUCAAUAUCUUCAAAUCAACGCCGUCCAACCGGAACCGGAUCGGACUCAUGCGGUUUUCCUCAGACAAGAUGUAAGCACGCGGAUAAGAGAGCAUUACGUCCGUCAUGGAAUCCGACACUUCUCCUACACGAGACCCGUAUCUGUCAGUCGAAUGCCGACCAUUAGCUCCAGCUCAAGUGAAUUCAGUGUACUGGAUCUCUGGACUGAGAAGACUCUCUACACCACCGACGUUGCUUUCCCCACCAUCAUAAGACGUGCUGAGAUUGCCGAUGUUGGAGUCGUACGCUCAUCGCCUCUGGAGAACGCGUUGGGCGCUGUGCAUGCGAAGAACGAGGAGUUGAUGGGGUUUGAGCUCAAGUAUGGACAGCUGGACGUGUGCGAUAACUUGAGUCCUUUUUCUAUGAGUCUGAGUGGUGCUGUUGAUUCGCCGAUCAACGGAGGGAUACGGCAAUACCGGGCAAAGUUCCUCAGUGAUGAAUACAGAUUGGCUCAGGAGGGUGAGGCUGAAACGAUCGAGAACCUUGGGUAUGCGAUCAACGAACAAGUCGGGGUGUUGCAGCGUUGUCUCGAGAUUCAUGGUAGGCUCGUCAGUGCAGAGAUGCGACCAUUACACGAGUCCCUCAAAUCGCUCUUCCGCCGGAAUUUCGCGGCGGACCUCAACAGACUCACCGUCACGUCAGCCGGAAGCAACGGUAUGUCACGACUAAGCCCCAUCUCAACCAUCUCGGACGGCAAAACGUCGACACACCUCUACAAACUCACACUCCGGGAAUCCAGCACAUACCCCAACCUCCCACCUGUCAAACUCUCGACAUCGCCACGACGACCAGUUCUUGGUCGAGCACCGCAUACGGCGUCAUUCCAGGGCCGGACGGAGACUCCUUUUGGAAGUGGGGGUGCGGAACAAACCCAAGACGAAAGCGGGAGUUCGGGAAGUACGACGGGUCUGAGUAUCCCCGGUCAAGGGCAUGGCCGAGCGAGUAUGAGCGCGUCGCCGACACGCGCAGAUCGGGACUCGGCACGCCACACCCGCAAACCGCACACAAAAAUCCGAGCCCCCGCGCAAAACUGUUUGCCCGCAAUGUUCAAUCCAGUUGCAAUGUCGGCGAGUCUGGGAAGAGUAGCCGUUGAGCAUCCCACGAGUGAGGAGCCGUUUAGUCAGGUUUCGACUGCUGUCGGGACGAGGCGGAAUAGUUUCGAGAUUGGGGAGGUGUCGGUGCUUGACCCCGUUGGGCCGGAGGAUAUGGCCGAGAAAACACUGCCUAUGACCACCACUUCGUCGACAUCAACCAGAGCCGAAGACCUUAUCCUCAACACAAAGAUCGAACCGGCAUCGGCGACACCAACACCGGAUGCUUCGACAAUCGCGCAGCCGCCAGACCUCGAAAAAUAUGACACUUACGCCGGGAUGAAACUCUCCGAAGACGGAUCGAGCCUAAUCAUCGACUGGUCCCCUACCGACCCGGAAAACCCCCUCAACUGGCCCUCCUCAAAAAAGAUCACAAACGUCACCUGUAUCUCUCUCAUGGCCCUCCUCUCGCCCCUCACCUCCUCCAUGUUCACCCCAGCCCUCCCAAACAUCGAAUCAGAAUUCGGAGUAGGGACGAGUACGGCGAGUUUAGCCGUGACUACAUUCGUCAUCGGAUUCGGGAUUGGACCCCUUAUCUGGGCGCCGCUUAGUGAGGUUUUUGGCCGAAGGUGGAUUUAUGUGAUUACGUAUUCUGCGUUUACCGUGUUUCAGGUUGGGUGUGCGCUUUCGCCGAAUAUUGCUGCGUUUAUUGUGACCCGGUUUUUUGCGGGCUUUUUUGGUGCUUCGGGGAUUAGUAAUGGUGGUGGGACGAUCAGUGAUAUGUAUGCUGCGAAUGUACGGAGUAAGGUGAUUGGGUGGUACGUCCUUGGACCGUUGUUGGGACCGUGUAUUGGGCCCAUUGCCGGGGGGUUUAUUGCGGAGAAUUUGGAUUGGAGGUGGAUCUUUUGGAUCUUGCUCAUCACAGCAGGCUGUAACACUGCCUUUGCUGUCAUCUUCUUGAAGGAGAGUUACCACCCAACCCUCCUCGCCCGCAAAGCUGCGAGGGUACAGGAGGAACUUGGACGCCCCUGCCGCUCGAAGAUGGCGGAUGAGAGACCCCUCUUCCUCCGCCUCCGAAUCGCAAUCGUUCGCCCGCUCAAGAUCUUGUUCAUGCAACCCAUCGUGUUCUUGUUGGCAUGUUACAUGGCACUCAUCUACGGCACGCUCUACCUCCUCUUCACAUCCUUCCCCGCAGUCUUCCAAGGUAUCUACGGCAUGUCCGUCGGUAUCUCAGGCCUCGCAUACCUCGGCUGCGGAAUCGGAUUCCAAAUCGCGAUCAUCUUCGGCGUCCCCCAAAUCCAAAAAAUCUAUAACCAGAAAACUGAGGCGAACGGGGGUAUCGGCAAACCCGAAUUCCGACUCCCCAUGGCGCGGUAUGGCGCUGUGUUGAUUCCGGUGGGGUUGUUUGUUUAUGGCUGGACAGUCCAAUACAAGAUCCACUAUAUCGUCCCGAUCAUCGCCACGGUCCCCUUCGGCACAGGCAUGAUCCUCAUCUUCAACACUACAAACAACUACUUCAUUGACUCUUUCACCCGAUACUCCGCGUCCGCGAUCUCGGCCGGAGCGGUCUUUCGCGCCAUUGUUGGUGCUGUUUUCCCGUUGUUUGCGCCGGCGAUGUAUAAGGGGUUGGGGUAUGGGUGGGGGACGAGUGUGCUGGGGUUUGCGGCGGUGGGGUUGGUGGGGGCGCCGUGGGCGAUUAUGAGGUGGGGGGAGGGGAUUAGGGAGAGGUAUCCGAUUAAGUUGGAUUGA